AUGUUCAACAUUGUCACAAGGUUCCAGUACGCUGCUAACCAAGCAUUGACAUCAUCGAUUAUAAUAGCAGGAAUAGUUAUCGUAUCUUCGCUUUUACAAUUAUAUUCUAAUAAUGCAUGGUCCUUGGGGACAACCUCAAUAAGCAAUAUCAAACCUCAAGUACUGCUUAAACACUCGUUUAACUAUGGAUCAGUCAAUCGUAAGCCUAAGGAAAAUUCGAGAAUACAAUUUGAUUUAGAGACAGACUUAUCUCCUUUAUUCAAUUGGAAUACAAAACAAUUAUUUGUUUAUUUGACUGCCGAGUAUCCAGGUAAGAGUGAUGGAUCUUCGAACAAAAUAACAUACUGGGAUAAGAUAAUUACUUCCAAAGAGGAUGCAGUGUUACUGUUAAAGAACCAAAAGUCAAAAUAUUCAGUAUGGGAUAUUGAACCAUCGUUCAGACAAAGGGAUGCGGUUGUUAAACUCGAAUGGAAUCUCCAACCACAUAUUGGUCCAUUAAUCUUUGGGGAAACAGACGAGAUUGCAGACUUCAAGUUUGCAGAGUAUGUAGACAAAAAGAAAGAGCAAAAAUAG